AAUUCCUGAUGGCAAAUGAGCCCGUGUCAAAUUUAAAGUGAUUGUUAGGUAUAAAACGUAGCCUAAUUCUUAAAUCAGGGUUUCGCUGACAGCAAAAUCACAGUUCGCGCGUUUCCAGUUAUGCAUGAAGUUUCAUACUGUAGUCUACCUACGAAUUUAACAUUAAUAAAUCUCAUUGACUCAUCUCAGCACUGUUUUAUCAGUCAAAUGUAAACGAUUUGAUUUGCAGCGUUUGGUAGUCUAUUUCGUUGAUGGUUGUCAAUUAGAACGUACAUGAACGAACACCUAUUUGAGAAAAGGCAUCGCUUUAUUUUGGUAGGACGUUUUUGGUUGUUCGGAGAAUUUUUUUUUUCUGUAGCUAUUAAUUAUGCACUGUAUUUUAGAAGUGUAAUAGCUAUAAUGCUCAUUACAUUACAAUUUAUAUUCAGGGGAAAAAAAGAAGCAACAAGACUACAAUCAGGAUUUUUUUUUCUUCUUUUUUUUUUUUUUUUUUUGCUACUUUGCAGUUUAGCUAUUUUAUUCUGAGAGUUGCUUUAUGGAUCGUUACACUGACGAAAAGUAGGCCUAUUUGGUGCCGAGAUUCAGUUAUUUUUCCCGUUAUUAUGUGUUCUGUACGUACCUUUGGGUUUCUGUUACUUUCGUUAUUUGGGAUAAAUAGGCUAAUAUAUCCAAUAUAUGAUUUUCGUGAUGAAGCACAAAGCAAAAGUGAGAUAAUGUUUGUGCAUCAGUCAGGAUAUUGCCUAUAGUUUCCUUACAUUAUCGGUAUCCUAUCUACCGGAUGCCCUGCGGUGGUAUGUCUAAUCGACGGAGGGCACAUUGCGCUUUGAUUUCCUGGGCUUCGCACACUCUUCUACAGAUCCUGGACUGUGUGAUUGUAGGUAUGCUAUCAGUGUAGCUUACUGAUGGGCGAGACAGAUUUCAUAAAUCCAUGCAGACUGGUCAAAAAGUGAUCUAAACUUGAAAAAAAAAAAAAAAGUUGAAGCAGUAACUUACAUAACGGUUUGCCCACAUAAUUUCCCAGCUUUUUUCUCUCAAUAUGACAGACUGCAGAAGCCUAUAUUGCGCUCUAUGUAGGCUAAGUGAAGUGAAGCGAUUAACUUAGGAGACGGCUGUCACGAGUCAGAGGCAGGUGAGACGCAGACUGAUGGACUGGCUGUGGGCUCCCACUGAUUGUCUGCCGCACGAGCUGAAUGCGUGUCCCUGUUGUGUCCACGACAGAUCACCAGCGUCCUCUCUGAACAAGGCAGCUCUGUUCACUGAGCAGCCACGAAACUCGAGAACACCGUGACCCCGCUGGCGUGUGGACAGCUUUAUUCCAAGGCUACAAAAACCAAGUUUUACCAUAUCGCUUUGAUCAUGCCCGAUUAAUGAACCUAUAGUCAAUUAAAAAAUCAAGAGCAGCAUGUUAAGAAUAAGAUGUUUAACUUCAAGGAGCAUUUUAAUUUCGGCAUAAACUAGACUUAAAAUGGUUGAUUUUGCAUUUUGAAAAUGUAAAUAAUUAUUUAAAUUAGGCUAAAUAUUUCAUUAAAAAUUAAACUUCAGAAAAUUGAGCCAUCUCAGUUGUUUAAUGUCAUGUAGGCUAUGCCUUCAAAACUGGCGUGAUGGUAAGAUUUAUUGUUAAUUUGGCCAUUUUUCGCCUUGCGCUCAAGGGCAAGACAAUUCAUUGUGUUUAUUAGAAAGAAAAUUUGAUGUUGAUAUUUCUACAAAUGUCAGUUUAAUUUUUAAAAUAUAUAUAUAUAUAUAUAUUUCUUCUUACAAAUUCAUAACAGGGUUGACUAUCUGGGAUCAAUAACUAUUCUGGACAAAGGUAGAAAGUUGUUAAGAGAGGACCAACUUUCUUUGAAAAGUUCAAGGUGUCAUUAUGAUGACGUUUAGAUUGUCAUAUGACUUUUUUUAUGUUUUUUUUAAUGGAAUUGCACAUGAGGGGGCGUGGUGACGAUAAAAAGUUGACACAUAGGCCUAACCUGAAACUAAAAUGUAAAAAAAUAUAGAAUUAGGCUAAAUAAUAAAUACAAAUGUACAGUUCUAAUUUCAUUAGAACAGCAAUGUUUCUUUCUUCUUUUUAUUAUUAUUAUUUUUUUAUCAAAGUAUGCAUUUGCGAAUGCAGCAAACGAAAAUAAAUUUAAAAAUGAAGUAGGCCUACAUUUAGGCUAUAUGUUCGAUUUUUGUUGAUUUGCAUAUCGAGGGGUGAGAACCAGAAGGGCGUAAGUGACAUUUUUGGUGAAAUGGAGAUAUACACAUCAAAUGAAAGCUCUUAAUGAGCUCUUUCUACUGGAAAAAGUACUGUCAUCCAUGAGUGUACAAAUGUUUAUUAUAAACAACUGAAAUCAGUACACAAAGUCAGAUCAAACUAUGGUAGAAUUUUUGUUUUGGCUGUCCUGUAAAAUUGGUGAAAUGUCACUUACCCCUCGAUAUAGCCUAUACUGCAUAUAAUAAAUAAGUUGUGUUAGCAUUUACACAUAUUCAUGUUUAAAAUAUUAAGCCUAAUUAAAGACACAAAAAAAGAUUAUCCAUCAAUGACAUCCAUAUUGUGCUAACAAAACACAAAAUAAACGACGUAAACAACUUUUUUUUUUUUUGUUAACAGCCAGUUUUUAAUAACUGCACAAAACAUGAGUAUAUAAGACACAGGCUGGGUUGCCGUCUCCACGUUUCCUCUCCCCCUGCAGCUAGGGAUUGAGUAACACUUUGAUAAAACAGUGUAUCACUUAUCCUGAUAGCCACGGUUCCCCCCGGACCUGUCUGUCCUCUCGUAGAGGGGCGGACCAAUCACAGGCCUAAGGCUUGGUAGUUGUUCCUUUAAAGCACCUGUCUUCAUAACACCUGGCAGACGAGAGAACUGCUUUACGCAUGCUCCCACUCUGCCAUAUCCUCUAUACAGACGCGCUGCUCAACCAAUGGUCUUCAAAUCUUUUCAGAGAUAAAAAAAGCCGCCGCAUCCGUGGAUCUGACAGAUUGCCUGAUCUUCACUAAUGACUGAGGACAUAGCAGGAAAGAACCAGAGGAGACACAAUGCCUAGGUCUUUCUUGGUGAAGAGCAAAAAAGCCCACAGCUACCACCAGCCACGAUCUUUGGAGGAUGACUACAACAGACUUGAUACUAUUUUAGCUCAUAUAUGUGCAGAAAGCAAAACCUCAGACGAGUCUGAGUGCUGUACGGAUGCCCUGACAGGCGACACGGCUGGCGCUUGUUCACCGGACUCUCACCUGCUGGAUCAAGCGGAUCUUUCUUCCAAGUCUCCUCUCAGCUGCGGGGGAAGCGUGUGCGACCGCUCCUCAGAUUACGAAGACUUUUGGCGACCUCCAUCACCAUCAGCAUCACCUGAAUCAGAAAAGUCCUUUUCACCCUCCACUGAGGAAACACAGCCCUUCGCCGUCCCCUUCAGGCCUUACGCGUGGAGCAGGUACUCGGGAUGUGAAAUCAGACAGCUGGUGCAGCAUACUCUCAACCAUCACCACUCUCUGGAUCUAGACCGGCCUACUCCUCCAGCAUAUUACAAUGACCGUGUGGUCGAGUCCUCUCUUUUCACUGAGAGAGGAUCUGGCGCUAGCAUUUACAACAGUUAUAGUUCCACUGCCACCCUAUUCGAGCGCGCCACUGCCUCUGGACUUUAUGAUGACAGCAACAUACUGGGAAAAGGAACUGAGAUGAAAUCCAGCUCUGAUGUGAUGUGUAGUCGUCUCCUGCUGAAUGGCGCAUACAAAUGUAUCAAAUGCAGCAAGGUGUUUUCUACUCCACAUGGCUUGGAAGUUCACGUUCGGAGGUCGCAUAGUGGAACAAGACCUUUUGCUUGCGACAUCUGUGGGAAAACGUUUGGACACGCAGUCAGUCUGGAACAACACAGAGCUGUUCAUUCACAGGAGAGAAGCUUUGAUUGUAAAAUCUGUGGGAAAAGUUUUAAAAGAUCAUCCACUUUGUCCACUCACCUCCUCAUACACUCCGAUACACGGCCCUAUCCGUGCCAGUACUGCGGAAAGAGAUUUCACCAGAAAUCAGAUAUGAAGAAACACACAUUCAUCCACACAGGGGAGAAGCCACACAAAUGUCAGGUGUGUGGGAAAGCUUUCAGUCAGAGUUCCAAUCUGAUAACACACAGUCGAAAACACACCGGAUUCAAACCGUUUGGAUGUGACCUCUGCGGCAAAGGAUUCCAGCGCAAGGUCGAUUUAAGAAGACACAAGGAAACACAACACGGACUGAAGUGAGGAAACACUUCAAGACUUUACCAAACACUAUUGGACAACCCAUCGGGACUUUAAUAGCCGUUUUAAUUUAACAAGCUACAAAUGCUCAUUCAUAAAACAUUAAAUCAGUGUUUUAGAGUAGGCGACAAAUAGCGUUUACAUUAGUUGUAGAGCUGUUUAUGCUUUGUGAGAUUUGCCUACGAGUCAGCAGCAGGCCAGCAGGUCUGGCAGCUUUCAUGGUGAUGUUAUACAGGGUAUCACAGGGUAUCUUGAUCCAAAUCAAUAGCCCGCUGCAGAGACAUGCCAGGCAUAGUGUCUGAACCCAAAAUAUUAUCACCAAAAUAAUCAGGGACGAAAUAUAACCGCCGCGAGAAAGGACACUGUAUCACCCAAAAUAUCAGCUGAAGGAGAGAAAAAUCACCGCAUCUCAAAAGAAUGUCACUGUUUUCAACGCUGCAAAGGGAAUGCUGGCAAAACAAGCACUACAAUAGAUUGCGAGAUUUCAUCAAUAAAAUGAUUGUUUGUGUACUAUAGCCCAACAUAAAUGAUUUGGCAACUUGUCGAAGUCUUUCCAUUCAUCAUUUUUUUCUUUUCUAUUAGGUUCGUUUUCUUUAGCAUAGCCUAAAUAAACAUGUAACAACUCAAUUGUCUAGCCUAUACAUUUUCAAAUAAAUUAAAUCGAUAAAUUAAAUUACAUUUGUUUAAUAUCAUUUACACUAUUUAUUGGAAUAAAGAAUUUUACGGAGAGAUAUUUCGUGUGUAUUUUUGUAUUUUUUGUGUAAUUAUCAAAGUUUGUAUAGCCUAUUGUUUCAUACAGAUUUAUACAAUCUCUGUACGUAGUGCGCAACGAAUAACUUAGGCUAUCUUGAGCUAAGCAUAGGCUUUUUCACUUCAAGCAUUUCAUUAUUUUAAGAAUUCAGUAUUUCAUUACAUGUUUAAAAUAAAAUGAUUUAUUCGAAACAACUGUGGGAAAUUCCAAAUGUGUUCCGCAAUCAGUGCGUUAUUUUCAAGAUGACAAAUAUGGGAAAGACCAAUAGAUAGGUUAAUGGAAAGUCAAGAAUUAUUUUAUAUUAGAAAGGAAAGGGAUGAGAAAAAUGUGGAAAAAUAAAGAUGAUUGAUCAA